UGUGAUAUUGUUUCAAAUUCAAGUGCUGUAUAGAAUUAUUUGAAUUCGAAAUGGCUGAAUAUUUAUCAGAACGGGAAAGGAGAAAGAUAGAAAGACAAAGAAGGAAAGAGGAGGAAGAAGAAAGGAAGUUGUUAGAAGAACUAGAUAGAGAGUUGAAAGAAAAUCAGGAGAAAGCAAUAAGAGAUUUGAAAUUACAACAAGAGAGAAUAAGGAGAGAAAAACGUGAAAAGUUAGAACGGAGGAGAGAAAUUUUACAAAAACAAAGUCAGUUGAAAGAACUGGAAGAACAGAAAACACUGAUGGAAGAGAGACUCACAUUAAUGGAUGAACAUCCAGUUAUCAAUGAGGAUGUCGAAGGAAGCCAUAUUGAUAAUAUAUUACCACAAAGUAUGGUGCAUGAUUAUGCCCAUAGGGAUGAAGAUUCAUGUGAUGAAAGGAGUGAAGAAAGUAAUCAGAGUGACUCUUCAUAUACUACCCUAGAUGAAUUAGAUAAUGAACAAUUAGUUAACCUAGGUAUUCCAAAAGACACCAGUUCCUUCAUUGAUAGUCACGAGACUAAAUUAAGGACAAUAGAAAGAGAAAUACAGUGGUUAGAAAGCAAAGAAAAAGAAUGCGAACAACAAAACAUAGAACAAGUUCAACAUACAGAUAAAAUCGCAUCGGGUUACAGACAAAAAGAUGAGAGUUUAGAAAUGAGUCAUAGAAACUUAACACUCAGAAAACAGAUUGAGGUCAGAGAUAAACCGAUAGAGAACAGCAAGCACCAUAUAUAUGAUAAAGACUUAAAAAGAGAAGAUGUUACAUAUAAAGAAGAUAUGGAGUUCAAUGGAGAACCUGAUUAUGAUAAAGACUUAAAAAGAGAAGAUGUUACAUAUAAAGAAGAUAUGGAGUUCAAUGGAGAACCUGAUUAUGGUGAAAGACCCGAAGAACAUAAACUGAAAGAACAGAUUGAACAGCUACAAACACAGAAGAUAAAGGUUGAAAAUGAGAUAAAGCAGAACAAAUUAUUAAAAGACAAACAAAGAAAGGAAAUGGAAAGGAAAAGGCUUGAAGAGUUAAAGAUAAAACAGGAGAUAGAAAGGAAAAAGGAAGAAAGGUUAAGAAAACUGAAAGCUGAAAAGGAUAGGUUAGCAAAGGAAUUGAAUCAACAAGAGAAUACUCUUCGUAGUCUGAAGGAAGAAACCGAGUAUGAACGAAAGAGAAAAACAGAAAGGCAAAGCAAAGAUAAGACAGAAAUUCAAGAGGUUGUGAAAGAAAAAGAUCAUUGGAAAGGGAAAUUACUGAAACCUACGAUACCCAACCUUACAGAAGAUACAUUUGACGAGUGGAAAAUUGAAGUAGAAGUGAUCAUGAAUUCAGGCCUAUAUGAAGAAAGUAUGUUAAGAAAAGCAGUAAGGAACUCCCUUUGUGGCCAAACAAGAAAGAUCUUACUCACAAUACCACCGUCAACUACUACAAAGGAAAUCAUAAGCAAGUUGGAAAAUGUUUAUGGCAAUGUAAGAUCAGGUGAAUCAGUGUUAGCAGAGUUUUAUAUGUCUAGACAAGGAAGAGAUGAAGGAAUAGCAGAAUGGGGAAUCAGGUUAGAAAGCAUUAUCCAAAAAGCAAUAGUGAAAGGACACAUAAAAGAAAGCCAAAAGGAAGAAAUGCUAAAAACAAGAUUUUGGAGACAGCUUUACAGUGAAGAAAUUAAGAACGCAACAAGAAUGUAUUUUGAAACUGCACAAAAAUUUGAAGAAUUGAGAAAGAAGGUAAGGGUAGAAGAGAAUGAAAUGAAAAUUGCCCGAGAUGAACCUAUGAUAGAUGAGAAAUCAUACACCAUUAAAGAACAAGCACAGACUAAGGAACAGAGGAAUGUACUAGAGGACUUAGUUGAUAGAAUGAAACAUCUAGAAACAGAAACUAGUAAGGCGAAAAUAACAGAUAACGAGAACAGAAGUAGAUACAGAGACUACCAUAGAACAGACAGAGGAUAUAACAGAAAAGACGACACGUAUGAUAGAGAGAGGAGAUACUAUAGAAGGGAUAGAUACGACGACAGAUAUAAUAAAGAAUAUGCAAGAGAAAGAAGAAGUGACGACACAUACUACAGAGAUAAUAGAAGAAGAAACAACGAUAGAUAUAACAGAGGCAACGGAAUAGAUAGAAGAUACGGCGACAGAUAUAGUGAUUAUAGAGAAAGGAGAAGAUACAGCCCACGAGAUAGGAGAAAUGAUAGAACUGAUUAUUUGGACCAAGACAACGAAAGAAGAUACAACAGAGAUUACAGGCAAACAAGUGAGAAAGAAAAUAGAGAUAGAAGACGACUAGACAAUGAAAGAGAACACAAAUAUUAUGAGGAUAACAGAUCACCAAGUCAUCGAGAUAGUGGAUACAGGAGAGAACCAGGAGAAGAAGGAGGCUAUAGAUAUAACAGAGAAGAAAGAAGACAGACUACAAACAAUGAAGACAAAAGUAAUAGUAAUGUAAAUGCUGAAAGGAAAGAUAGGGAUAAUAGAGAAGAAAAACACAGGAAUUAUGAGAACCAGGAUAAGAAGAGUUCUUUAAACUCAAGGACGUCUCUGUCGGGGAGCAGAUAGGAGACAGUGCGAAGAAUGAAUGCUCCAAGAAAACAUUAAUAUAUGAAAGGAUUGUUGGUAGCAACAACGUUGGAGAAAUUGAAAUAGAAGGAACAUACAAUAAAGGAAUUGUAGAUACA